GAGAGCGAGCGGUCGGCCCGCGAUGUCAUUUAGAUUCAAGCCACUCGCAGAAAUGCUGUCGCGUCGACACAACUUCCGAAUAACCAGAAAAUAUUCGAGUCGCAAAUAUUAAAAUGAGUUAAUUAAUAAUAUGUCAAACUGGUGUUUUAAGUUUAGUUUGAUUUUGGUGUUCGUUUUCGAAGGUCGUGUCCUUCAAUCGAUAAACUAUUAAUUGCCGCGUGUGAUUGUCCGACGCUGGCAGACAACGGAACUACGAGUUUUCGAUACAUAUUCAUACUGUGCCAAUUAGUUUUCUUACAUAUAUUUUUUUAAAUCGAAGUAGAAAACAAUAUAUAUCUAGUUUUGUAUGUGGAAAAGAACUUUAUUAUUAAUUCGUAUCUUCAUGGAAUAUGGGCAUCUGUUUGGACACAGAACAAAAUAAUGAGGAGCUGGAGACAACAGGCGGUGAACGCAGUCGUGGGACGAGCGCAUGGGCAGGGCGCGCCACUCCACCAGCCGCCGCUUUCCCCAUGCAGAAUUCAAGUCACGUCAAGUUCGAACCACCGAGUGUUCCAGUUAUAUUUAUAUUGGGAGGACCAGGUAGCGGGAAGGUGACCCACUGCGAUAACUUGAUGCAGGAGCGCCGCGGUGUCGUCCACAUCAACAUGACGGACCUCUUGCAGCAAUAUGCUAUCGGAAACGACAUGCAAGAUUUUGGAACGCUAUCGAGUAAGACGGUGACCGAAGUUCUGAUGCUGGAAAUGAAGAUGGCUCCAACCGCGAAGACGUACCUCGUCUCCGGAUAUCCUCGGUCGAUGCGCGACGUUGCCGAAUAUUCAGAUAAGAUACAAACAAUCAAUGGGGUGAUACUGGUCAGCUGGCGACAGAGGGUCCUAGAAAGGCAGAUCGAAUACGGGGCACGGUUGGGUCACGUCGUGCUGAGUCUGGCUCGGAUGGAGCUGAACAAUUUCUACAAGAACGUGAUGCCGGUAGCGGAUUACUUCGACCAGACCAACAUGCUGAUAGCGGUCAACGGCGAAAGAAACCCGGAGGAAGUGUACAGAGACUUCCGAGCGGCCGUUCUUCAAAUUCUCGGAGCGACAGAAGAUCAAUCCGCCAUGAACGGAGUCAACGGUGUUGGUGUAGGAACUGGAGGCAUACCCGGUGAAAUAGUCGGUAUAGAAAGAGCCCCGGAGACGGAAGGAUAUUCACGUGCGCGUGUGGAUGACAGCGGGUCAGACGAGGAAAGAACCGUCCAGGCUGUUAUGUCGACUGUGCCGGUUGCCAUGUCAGUUCAGAAUAUGCAGAUCGAAAGGGUUGUCAGUCCUAAGACAGAGGUAAUAAAAGUUCAUGGCGCAGCCACAACUCCAGCAGUUCUGUGGGUAGUGGGGGGCCCGGGGAGCAACAAGGCGACUCUUUGCCAAAGAGCCAUCGAGCAGAGACCUGGAUGGACGCAUUUUAGCUUGGGUCAGCGUCUCCGAAGUCUAGCCGAUGCAGGGGGAGGCCCAGCCUCCGACGGAGCGCUGGCUCGCUCGGCAAUCAGCGGCGGCGAGCUGGCGCCAAACGAGCUGGUCUCCAAACUAGUGAAGGUCGCUAUGAACGAUGCAGCGAGGAGCGGCCACGGUCUCGUGCUGGACGGAUACCCGAGAGAUCUGAGCCAAAUGGAACAAUUCCAGAGAGAGUUCCGUUUAUCUCCGCGCAUGGUUUUGCUGGACUGUUCCAAGCUGCAGCUCGGCCGAGGGAGGCGGGACGACUCGGUGGCCGCGUUCAGGAGACGACUUGAAGUGUUCCGCGAGCUCAGCCUCCCAAUGCUGAAGACUCUGGACCAGAGUCACAGGCUAAUGAUUGUCGACGGAGACACGGACUCGAUCGAAGUCCAGGCCGAGUUCACAAAGAUCCUGCUGGAGGAGAUGGAGAAGGCGGAACUCAUAGCCGCCAUCCCCGAAGACAGGAGACAGUCUCAAGGUCCUAGAUCAGACAUGACAGCGAUGCCGCAGUUCGCUCACGCCGUGUCCCGGAUGGGCAACGGGCACGCGAACGGUGUGCUGCCAAACGGAACCAUCCACAAUGGCGGCAUUGCUAAUGGAUUCGUGGGCGUUAAUAAUAAGGUAAAACCACUAUUGAAUAACGUGUCAAAGAUCCCGACCGUCUCACAAAUGACGCACGACGACGUGAGACGUCUGUACGAACAGAACACAGGGGAAGUUACGUUCAAUACGCACAUUUAAUGAUAAGUAGCGCUAAGUACCAAACGCAAUAUGACUCAGAAACGAUAACUUAAAUUUUACGUUAGUAAAAUGGAAAUGUUGUGGUAAAGCUAAGUCGUAACCGCUAUCGAUAAAUAUCGCUAUCAGAAGCAUAAAGGUGAAUUAAACUUGUGGAGAAAAUAGCAGAUUGAUCUAAAAUUAUUUUUAAACUAUUGCAUCGCUUUUAUCACGGGCUUUGAGCGCGGCGACCAAAUCAAGAAAUUCCGUAACGAAAAUAAAACC